GUGAGAGAGUGUGUGAGUGUAUGAGUCAGAGCACAAUACAACGACGGAACGGUAACACUCUGGUCAGUGGGAGAUUUAGCGAAACUGUAGAGUUUGCUAAUUGAGUUUUUCUAAGGUAAGGCAAACCAUUCUAGCUUGACCUGGAGGUCAGGGAGCAACGAUCACAGAGAAGAAACUUCUGUGACGAGAGAUCGGGUUUUUAGGUCCUUGGAAUAAAGAUGGUGAAACAGAAAGUGCUGUGUGCUGUGGUUGUAGCCCUGGGAUGUGUGAGCAUCAUCACUCUAAUCCUGACUUUAGUUCAGCACCACACCGUGGAUCUGCCCCAUCGCAUGCAGUAUGGGAUGGUGUUUGAUGCAGGAUCCACACACACUUCUCUCUUCAUUUACCGUUGGCCUGGCAACAAAGAAAACAACACUGGGGUUGUGUCACAGAUGCUGGUCUGUAAGGUUAAAGGAGGGGGCAUCUCCAGCUAUGCCGAGGACCCCCCAGGUGCAGGCCUAAGUCUGAAGGAAUGCCUGGACAGUGCUCUGGCAGCCAUCCCUGCCAAGCAGCAAAGGACAACCCCUGUGUACCUUGGUGCUACUGCCGGGAUGCGAAUCUUGCAGCUCAAGAACCACACCCAGUCUGGUCAGGUGUUGGAGCAGGUAACCAAGGCGAUCCGAGGCUAUCCCUUUGACUUCCAGGGUGCACGGAUCCUCACUGGGAUGGAGGAGGGGGCUUAUGCAUGGAUUACUGUUAAUUAUCUACAAGGGGGCUUUGUCGAGCAGUACAGCUACGCAGGAGAAUGGGUGCACCCUAAAACAAGGAUGAUCUGGGGUGCUCUGGACAUGGGAGGCUCUUCCACACAGAUAACCUUUACCCCUAGCCAGCCAGUGCAGGACCCUGCCUCUGCCUUGGUAUCCAAGCUCUAUGGUUACGAAUAUGAGGUGUACACCCACAGCUACCUGUGCUAUGGCAAGGAGCAGGCCAUGAGGCAGCUACUGGUACAUCUACUGAAGACGAGUGGGUUUAACCAUUCAGUUUGGCACCCCUGCUACCACCUUGGUUACAACUUGACCCUGACUCUGGGUGACCUCUACAAGUCUCCCUGCGUUGCCAGACCAGUGAUAUUUGACCCAGCGUCAGAGGUCACUUUCACAGGAACCAGUGAGCCACAGUUGUGUCUCAACCAGAUGAAGAACAUCAUGAACCUGACUGAAUGCUCCCUGGCCCCUGCCUGUGGCUUCAACGGGGUCUACCAGCCCCCUGUCAUUGGAAGAUUCUUUGCAUUCUCAACGUACUAUUACACCUUUGACUUCCUUGGUCUGGCUCCACAGUCCUCUUUGUCCGAGGCGACUAGCACUAUAGACACUUUCUGUAAAAGGACUUGGGAGUCGCUCAAGAAAGAGUACAGUGACAAGGACCAAUACCUUCGUGAUUACUGUGCCACAGCCAAUUACAUAAUGACGGUAUUACUGGAUGGUUACAAAUUCAACCAAACCUGGGAAAACAUAUACUUUCAGAGACAGGUGGCAGACACAGACAUCGGCUGGACGCUGGGCUAUAUGUUGAACCUGACCAACCUGAUCCCUUCAGAGCUUCCACUGGUGCUGACAGGUGUACAGCGAGGCCAGUGGGCAACAGGGGUCUUCUUCAUCGUGUUUGCGGUCCUCCUCAGCUUCACGGGGCUGUCCAUACUGUGGCUCUGGAAACCACAAGAUGGACGAGGCGACCCGUAACAGUUGAGGCAAUCACACUCAGGACACCUCUGUGUUCUAUUACCUUGUGUUAAUAUGGAGAUCAGCAGGCAUUGUUGAAAGGCUUUACAAGGUUACCAAUUUUGAAGACAAUUGGCUUCCUGUUUUCGUAGUUGUUGCGUAGCUUAGUGUGUUUAUUUUAAGUGUAAGUAAUUAUCUUGCGAUAAUUUGAAUGUAAUUAAAAUGCCUAAUCACAGCUUUAUAAAAGAAGGGUGUGAAACCCAUUCCUCUGAUUUCAUAAAUUUUCAUCGUGCAUUUUUACAAACAACAUGGCAGAAAAUAGCCUUUAUGGAAGAAUUUGAAGAAUUUUACAUUGGUAGAAUAAGAGUAAAAUUGUUAACCAGUGAAUCUUGACUGACAGACCUUACAUGCAGUUACAUGCAGACACAGUAUCAUCUGGUUCAUUGUCUGAUAAAGCAAUGGUUGCUCUAGACAUAAAUGGGUAAAUUCAUAUAAGAAAAUGGGCAUAUGUAAUAUACACAUAU